AAGACCAAGUUGACUCGUCGUCAAUGUCCAGAAGCUGGUAUAUUAAGACGGUGGAUUUCCAGGUCUAGGUCAGAUUUUCCUUCCAUCUCAUCAACAUCCAGAAAUCUCAGCUUACAACGAUAUUCCAACACUUUCCUAAAUAACUUUCAUCCUUCGCGUCAAUCAGACCAAGCCUUCGCUUACCGAAUACCAAUCAAAAUGCACUUCACCAACGUCUUCGUCCAGGCCCUGCUUGCCGGCUCCGCCGUUGCAGCUCCCGCUUCUCUCGCCAGCAAGCGUCAACUUCAGCCCAUCCAGGCUGCCUUGACCAACGUCCAGGACUCUCUCACCGGGCUCGACACCGCUGUCAAGGCUCUCAACGCCGCGGAUCCCAACACCGCCGCCAACCUGCUUGAUGCUUCCAACAAGGUCCAGACCUCGCUGAAGCAAGGUACCACGCAGAUUCAGGGCGCCCAGGAGCUUUCCCUCACCGAUGCCCUCACCCUCCAGCAGUCUGCCGGUGGCUUGACCACCGCUGUCCAGACCUCUGUUGAUGACUUGGUCGCCAAGAAGCCCGAGCUUGACAAGCUUGGCGCCACUUCCAUUGCCGUUGACCAGCUCAAGCAACAGAAGGCGACUGCCGGUGACUUCAGCAGUGCCAUCGUUUCCAAGGUCCCCGCGAUCGGCCAGGGUAUUGCUCAGCAGUCUGUUGACCAGGUUACUCAGUCCCUGGACGGUGGUAUUCAGAAGCUCGGCGGUGAUGCCGCCGGUGGUGCCGCCGGUGGUGCCGCGCCUGCUGCCCCCGCUGCCCCUGCCGCUCCCGCCGCCCCUGCUGGCGCACAAGAGCAAUUCCACGCGGAGGUCAUGGCCUAA